CAUGGUUUGCUAUUCUGGGCGGUGUCCUGACAUCCCGGUGCAUUGUCCAGCGGCUGACAGACUACCUUUUCAUUCAUGCCUCGAUGAAUACCAGUGCACUCGGAUUUCACGUGUUCUCUACACUCUUACAGAGUCGCUUUCACAACUCGAUGCAUGGUAUACCACCAUUGGCAAGCUUCCCAAAAUGCAGCCCAGUGUCCCCCAUCCUAGGUUCUUCCCUACUCCGCGAUUCUUUGAGCAAGACGGCAAUCUUGUCGAGUUUGAGUAUGAACGACCUUUUGAGCCUGAGCCGGACUGCAAAACGUUCCUUGCGACACGUGUCGACGACUCGACCAAAGUUGUGGUCAAAUUUGUGACUGAUUAUGGUGCUGAUGCUCAUCGUGCCAUGGAGAAAGAAGGGUUCGCACCGAACUUGUUGUAUUGUGGGCCAGUCAAUGUCAUUCCUGAAAUGCCCUGUUAUGGCGAGCUCCAAAUGGUCAUUAUGGAAUACGUGGCUGGCAAGACACUCGCUGUUGUGUUGGGGUCAGAGGCCCGGAACUCGUCGAUAGACGCACUUAACACACUUCCAAGCGUCAUUGAGUCGCUUCAUGCCAAAAACUUUGUCUACGGAGAUCUUCGGCCACCGAAUAUCAUAAUUACAGUUGAGGGGAAGGUCCAGCUCAUCGAUUUCGACUGGGCUGGAAAGAAUGGUGAAGCCCGAUAUCCAUUAUCAAUCUCAACAUCUAUUAAAUGGCCUGAAGCGGACCAAUGGGAACGCUCGAUCAGAACUCGCUCCCAGCUAUUAGUAUAUGUUAAUGGGGUUUGUGGACUGGCAUACAUUCGACCGGAGCAUGAUCGUGCGAUGCUGGACUUGUUCCUGGGUGGCACAACGGUACCAAUGUCAGUCUGUAGUUGAUUCUGUCUUGGAUUUUUCUCUAAACUCCUAUGGCUCAAUACUGCUGGUCGUGAACGCGUUCAUCCCGGCUAAAGCAUAUGCCAAGAGUUCAG